AUGGUCCUUGAAAUUCUCAAAUUGAAUCCAAGUGCACUUCGAUUUGUGUCGGCUGAAUUUCAGAAUGAUUAUGAGAUUGUAAUGACUGCUGUGAAAGUGAAUGGAUUUUCAUUGAAAUAUGCUUCAGAUAUAUUGAAGGGAAAUAGACAAGUUGUAACUCAAGCUGUGAUGACUGAUGGAUUUGCACUUGAUUUUGCAUCUAGUGAAUUGAUGAAUGAUAUAGAUUUACAGAAAAUGGCUAUUCGAAACAAUCCUAAUAUGUUUUCAUGUCUUGUGAACAAGCUAACCAUUUUUGAAAUUGAAAAUGAAGUUCUUGAACUUGCUCUUCAUUUACAUGGAAAAUCCCUAGCUCUAAUUCCAAACACUUUUCACAAUUACAGAGAUCUUGUUUUACUAGCUGUCAAGAAUGAUGGUAAAGCUCUUUCACAUGCCACAGAAACUUUGAAAGCAGAUAGAGAAAUUGUAUGGGAAGCUGUAUCUCAGAAUGGCUUUGCAUUAUUCUAUGCCUCUCCUGAACUCAAGAAGGAUAGAGAAAUUAUUCUAAAAGCUCUAGAAACUUCGAGCACUUGCUACCUCUCCUUGCCGAUUGAUUUUCAAGAAGAUUUGGAAAUUAUUCAGCAAACUCUUCGGUAUUUCCCCAAUGCUCUUCAAUUUAUUCGUUCCACAAAUUUGGAUAUCCAAUUCCUCACUUCUGUGGUAGAGAAAAAUCCUCUCCUACUUAAGUAUGCGUCUAGAGUGCGUAAGGAUAAGAAUUUAGUAUUGAAAUCAGUUGAAUUGGAUGGCAAUAAUCUUCAGUAUGCUGAUUCGGAAUUGAGACAAGAUCCUGAAUUGAUCUUGAAAGCAGCUCAGCAAAAUAUUAAAUCACUCGUAUUUGCCAAAAAUAUGGGAAAGGAGCUCUUAAUAGAGUUAUCUGAAAUGAAUGGAUUUUUACUUGAUUAUGUAUGGAAUCAACUUGGAGAAUUAAAGACAGACAGAGAUUUUAUAAUAGCCUGUCUCAAAAGAAAUGGAAGGAACUUUAUAGUUCUCGAUCAAUCAAUGAGGGAUGAUAGAGAAAUACUCAAUAUUGCAUUAGAAACUUUUGGAACAGCCCUAUACUAUUCUGAUAAGAGGUUUAGAUAUGAGUAUGAGAUGGUAAAGAAGGCGGUUCGAGAUAGUCCCGAUAUUCAUACCUCCAUUCCACGAGUUGUUAUUGACAGAGAAAUUGUCAAAACGAUUCUUUCUGUAAAGGGGAUUUUGUUUCAUGAAUUUUACAGGUUUAAUAAUGAUAUUGAGCUUGUCAUGACAGCCGUCAAACAAAAUGGGAAGAGUUUUAAAUAUGCCAGUGAAAAUAUAGUAAGGGAUCCAGAGGUGCAGACGCUAGUUGUAAAAGAAAGUGGGUUUUGCUUUCAACCAAAUGCAGAACUAUUUCAAUCACGAAUGGAACAUUGUUACUUUGGUGCUUAUCAAUAUGAACAUUUACCAUUCUAUCCAUUCAAUAAUUAUCCAAUGGAAUAUUUCUACAGUUACAACACAUACAAUUCAGAAGUUAGAUUACCAGAUUACAGUGAACUUUUAAAACCUUUACAAAAAUAA